AUGCCGCCCUCGACUAUGUCCCUCGAAGCGGGGCAAAGUGGCGAUGAUGAGGCUGAGACCAACCAAUCUACCGAGGCCAACGGCGCCUCCGCCAGCAAGGAGUGGCAGCAGCUGGCCCCGUUGCAUGAGGCUGGCAUUAGCCCCACGCUUUCCGACAUGUCGCGCAGGCAAUUUGUACUUGAGCGCUGGCGAAACGCCGCCCUCCGCGCCGUCCGCCGUGCUGUCGACCCGUGGCGCAAAUACAACAUCCAUAACAUGCCACUGCUGCGUGCCCGUCGAUUUCGAUACUCGGCUACUAGGAAGACAUGGGUUGAAGACUUUGUCGAGAUAAAGAUGUGCAUGGAACCGUUCGCCCGUGGGGCCAUGCGCGAAUGCUUCCGCGUCAAAAAACUCUCCAGCAUGGGUUUUUCGCAAGAUUGGGAGCACGCGCACAACUACGUCGCCAAACGCUACAUACAGGAAGUGGAUAAGCAGGUCAUUUUCGACGACGUGAAGCUGCAACUCGACUGCAAGCUCUGGGCCGAGGAGUUCAAUCGGAAUCGCCCGCCCAAGAAAAUCGACAUUGUGCAGAUGAACGUUAUUCAGAUCCUCGACCUUCCCGACGAGCCCUACUAUCACCUGGAACAUUUCAUCGAGGGGGAAUACGUGAAGUACAACUCGAAUUCUGGCUUCGUCUGCGAGAUGCAGCGGCAGACGCCGCACGCCUUCUCCCACUUUACUUUUGAGAGAUCGGGGCACCAGCUGAUUGUCGUCGAUAUUCAGGGAGUCGGCGAUCUCUACACGGACCCCCAAAUUCACACUGUAUCCGGAACAGAUUACGGCGACGGAAAUCUUGGCACAAAGGGAAUGGCCCUGUUCUUUCACUCGCACCAAUGCAACGCAAUCUGCCGUAUGCUCUGCUUGACAGAGUUCGACCUGGCCGUUUCGGAACGCGAGCGACUGAAGGAGGAUUGCGCAAAACUUCUGCCUACACUGGAGCCCACCCACUUUACAAAAAGCCGCAAGCGAAACGAGCAGUCCUGCAAUCCUUUGCUCGAUGACCUCGCUCCUGACGAUGCGAUGGAGUCACUGAGGCGUCGGAGCGAGUCGUUGCGCAUCCGGUAUCGCUCGAUGAUUGCUGCCGUGUCGCCUACAUUUGAUGCGAAAUUGGAACAUAACGCUGAUUGCACCUGCGAGCACUGCAUCCAGGAACUGUGCAGCGGAGUGAAUCUUGAGGAUGAAGACAGCUUCAGCGAAAGCACUAGCCGCCGAGGGUCAUUGACCAGCCCUAGCGGUCGAAAGUGGGGUCGCACCUCGCUGAGCAUCGAAUCUCCGGAUUUUAUGUUCCGUCGCCGCACUCCUGACAGCAUGUGCUCAAGUGUUGGCGACAGCUCGAGGGUGACCGGCAUCACCGAACGCGACGAAUACUGGGCCAGUCAGCGCAAAAAGUCGAUCCCGGCUGGCGUCAUCACGGCCCUUGAGAGUCAGCCCCCUCAGGAAAUCGCCCACGCGCUCCGCCACAUCUCGAUCCUUGGCCAGGUUCACCUCGACUUGGCGCGCUACCACGAGGUCGGCCGUUUCUUGAAGGAGGAGGAAGCGAAUUGCGAAAAACUACGAGUUCUUCAUGAGCUGACGUCGACAGGGAGCUCGAUCUCUUCCAGCACGACCACCACCGGUGACAGUGAUGUGAAAUACGACCAAGAAGCGGCCCUAUACCACUUGGACAUCGCCAGGCGUUGUGGCAAUCUGGAGGCGAUCCUGACCGUCGCCAAGAUGUGUUACCACCUACCGCACGAGCUGCUGAAGGAGAUUGGCAAUGACGUGUCGUGGUUUGCGGAUACGGCAGAGGACUUUGAUAAAGACGUGGAGGAGUUCUCGUUUGACAUGAUGCUGAGCGCGGCGGAGAUGGGCGACCGGGGCGCCAUCCUCUUUGUCGCCGAGGCCUACGAGACUGGAAACAAUAUGGGCAAACGGGGCGAGAUUUCUUACACAUCAGCCAUCUUUUGGCUCGAGAAAAGCCUCGGGUUCGCCGAUGAUGAGGAGGGCACGGAACAGCAUCGGCCGAGACACGAGCUUCUGGCAAACAUGGCAAGACUCUACCAAGAGGGCGGUUACGGGCUGGACGGCGACCUGACCCGCGCCUACGAGCUCUACAACGAAGCCGCCGAGGCCGCCAUGGAGAACAUGAAGGGCAAGCUGGCCAACAAGUACUAUGAAUGUGCCGAAAUGUGCGCCAUU